AUGUGUCAGUCCUACCAAAAAUAUUUGUGGCUCCUCAAGGCGUCAGCCUUCAUCUUGGUACUCAGCAUUGUCCUAGUUGUAUUCAGAAGUGUGUCCCUUCCAGUAGCAUUCGGCAGCUUCAAGCCAGAGCAUGAACACCUGCCGCUGAAACUUCUUCCUGAGGAGCACCUCCGGAAACUGUUUUCCUAUGAUGGAAUCUGGCUGUUUCCUAAAAAGCAGUGCAAAUGUGAAGGACGGCAAGGAGGUUAUAACUUUCAGGAUGCCUAUAAUCAAAGCGAGCUCCCAGCGGUGAAGGCAAGGAGACAGGCUGAAUUUGAACACUUUCAGAGGAGAGAAGGGCUGCCACGCCCACCACCCCUGCUGGCCCAGCCCAACAUCCCCUUUGGGUACCCAGUCCAUGGAGUAGAGGUGAUGCCCCUGCACACGAUUCUCAUCCCAGGUCUCCAGUUUGAAGGUCCAGAUGCCCCAGUCUAUGAGGUCACCCUGACAGCUUCUCUGGGGACAUUCAACACUCUCGCUGAUGUCCCAGAUGAUAUUGUGCAGGGCAGAGGCCAGAAGCAGCUGAUCAUUUCAACCAGUAGCCGGGAGCUUUUGAAGUUCAUUCUCCAGCAUGUGACAUAUACCAGCACAGGGUACCAGCACCACAAAGUGGACACGGUGAUUCUGACAUCCAAAUCCUCAGUGGCCAAGUUCCCAGUGACCAUCCGCCAUUCGGUCAUACCCAAGUUAUAUGACCCCGGACCAGAGAAGAAGCUCAGAAAUCUGGUGACCAUUGCCACCAAGACUUUCCUUCGUCCCCACAAGCUUAAGGUCCUACUCCAGAGUAUUCGAGAGUAUUACCCAGAUGUGACUGUGAUCGUGGCUGAUGACGGCAAGAAGCCCCUGGAAAUUAAAGAUGACUAUGUGGAGUAUUAUACAAUGCCCUUUGGGAAGGGUUGGUUUGCUGGUAGAAACCUGGCCAUAUCUCAGGUCACCACCAAAUAUGUUCUCUGGGUGGACGAUGACUUUGUCUUCAACAACAAGACCAAGAUUGAGAUGCUGGUGGAUGUCCUGGAGAAAACCGAGUUGGAUGUGGUGGGUGGCAGCGUGAUGGGGAACGUGUUCCAGUUCAAGCUGUUGCUGGAACAGAGUGAGGCUGUUGACUGUCUUCACAAGAGGAACGGAUGGUUCCAGCGCCUGGACGGCUUCCCCCACUGUGUGGUGACCAGUGGCGUUGUCAACUUCUUCCUGGCCCACACGGAGCGACUCCUUAGAGUUGGCUUUGAUCCCCGCCUGCAACGUGUGGCGCAUUCAGAGUUUUUUAUUGAUGGGCUGGGGAGUCUGCUGGUGGGCUCAUGCACAGAUGUGGUUGUCGGUCACCAGCCCCGCAGUCCAUCGGAGGACUCGGAGUUGGCCGCCCAGGAGAAGACCUACAGCAUAUACAGGACCAACACCAGGGCUGGGGUCCAGUUCAAACUGGCUCUCCACUACUUCAAGAACCAUCUCCAGUGCUCCACAUAAAGGUGCAGAGCGCAGGAAAAGCUCUAGACUGACUGGUUGUGGGUAUCGAGAACAAUGGAACUGGCAAGGGCUACCGGAAGGCGGACUCCUAACAAGAUGAUCAGCGAAUUUGCUUGUGGAUAGGGCAAGUUGGAUGUCUCAAUCAAAGGUUAAGGGUCAUUGUCAAUGAUCAGGGCAACGGAGACUACAUUAAUAACAGUAAUUAUUUGUAUGAUGCCUUCCCUUUUAUGAAGCAUUUUCACAUAGGAGUAUAUUACAAUAUUACAACAUCACAUCUGAUUUCACACAAAAGAAUAUAUUGGUUGUUGGUUGGUGUCCUCUGUCAAGAGAACAAUUGCUGGAUCCUUGAGGAUUAUUUGAUGCAAAUCAUAUGACAAUCAGAAACAUCAUGUGUGUGUGU